AAGGGCAUUACUUGCGGGACAGACUAUCAGACAUAACGUGUGCGACAGACAAACAAACAUGUGGUGGUUAUUUAUAUCGCUGGCUGUACACUACUGCAAUGCGCAGGAGUACAGAAUAACCGAAGUGGAGCUGCAGGCCUUGCCCCUCGAGGCUAGGAUCGUCGGCGGAUCGGUUACUAACAUAGAAAAAUAUCCCUUCGCAGUGCAGGUCAUCUAUGAUUCACAAUUCCUGUGCGGGGGUUCUCUGCUGACCGCGCGGCACGUGCUUUCUGCUGCACAUUGCUUUGUAGACAACACUGGCAGGCCGGUCAGUCCAACAUGGUACACAAUUCGUCUCGGGACCACACUUAUGAACAAUGGUGGUGCAGUCCACGGGGUCUCAGCAAUAAUAGUGCAUGAGAGCUACAAUACGCCAGUCCGGGACAACGACAUCGCGGUGGUGGUGCUGAGCUCGGCGGCGCGCCUCGGCGGCAGCGUGGCCGUGCACGCGAUACCCGUGCAGGGCGCGACCAUCCCGGACAACAGCCCCGUCGUAGCUGUGGGCUGGGGCAAGACUAAUCCGAUCCUGGAAUCCGGCUCGCUGUACCUGCAGGAGGUGACCGUCCGCACUGUGAACCUGAGCACAUGCUACAGCCGCUACGAGGAGCUCAACAACCCCGCCCUGAACGAGUACUACCCCGUCACGAGCAGCAUGCUCUGCGCCGGGAUACUGGACGUGGGAGGUAAGGACGCGUGUCAGGGUGACUCGGGCGGGCCUCUGAUCUACAGCGGCGUGGUCGUGGGGGUGACCUCGUGGGGCUACGGCUGCGGCCAGCCGCGCUACCCUGGGGUCUACGCGCGCGUCGCCAGCUACUCAAACUGGAUCAAUGCUACCGUAAGGAAGUCUGUGGUGGCAAGGUAUAAUGCAGGUUCUCUCUCCAGUAAAGUUGGAGUUGUAACUCUGCUGAUGCCCGUUCUCUACGCCAUACUCAACUUGUGAGUUACUGGUUUACUGGUGCGAUUCCUGUUCUAACCUUGGAAUUAUGGAACAGAUAAUUCGAAUGUCUGAUGUUUAACUUUCGCGAUAUUUUAUGUAAUAAUUAAUUUAUAAUUGUUUUUUAUUAAAAUUAUUUUUGUUCAUAG